CUUUUAGUGAUUUUAAUCUUAUAAAAAAAACAGAAAUAAAAACAACAUCAACAAAAAAUAGAAGGAAAAGAACAUUUGAAAGUAAAAUCGAAUGAUGUUCUGUUCUACUACCUGGAAUGAAUGAACGAUCAUCGCUUUAGAAAUAAUUGAAGUUUUUUAUUUGAAACCAGUUAUGAAUACAGAGGAUGAUUUACAAGCGACACCAAGACACCGAAAGCAGGAUAAAUUGAGAAAACAGAAAAAAAAGAAAGAGAAAAUCAACACUGAGAAUAUUCCUACAACAAGUGAAUUGUAUGAAUUUAAUGUGAUAUGCUUAGAAGAGAAUAAUCGAUUAAGAAGUUUACACAACUGUCCUCAGUUAAAAUUAAGCAGAAAAUUGAUGAAAUCAGCCCAACAACAUUCUGAAUUUCUUCGACAACAGCGUCAACUACAACAGGUUGCAGAUAUUAAAUAUGGACAGAAUAUGGCAUUAAUAAUCGGUCAAUCAGACUACAAAGUUGCUGGUCUUAAUGCAAUACAAGCAUGGUAUAAGCAGUCAGAAAAUUAUGAUUAUAAAGAGCAUUCUCAACUGAACAGAGGUUAUUUCACUCAAAUGAUUUGGAGGGACACACGUAAAGUUGGAUUUGGAUUUGCUAUACAUGAACAAGGAAAUGUUGUCUUUGUAGUUGGGCAUUAUCUACCAGCUGGUAAUAAAAAUGAAGAAUAUAUGGAGAAUGUUCCAUCAAAAAUAGAAGAAAACGACCAAACAGACAGCAUCAAGCCAGAUCGUUCAAUACCAACUAAUAAAGAAAAUUAUUCACAUUCACCUCGUUGUCCAACUGGUCAAUGCGUAAUAAUUUAAAAGGUUUAUUUGUUCAAAAGACUGCUCUAUACAUAUAUAUAUACAUUAUGCGCAUCAAUAAAUGUGUAACUUUUCUAAUUUCAGUGUAUAUUCUGAUGAGUAGGCAUAGGGAUAAACAAACAUAUGUAUACUGAUAUUUUUAACACCUGUAUUAUUGAUUCGUUCUUUUUUGGCGCCAUUAUAUUCUAUUUGAAUUUACCGCUAAAUUCAGCCAACUUAUCGAAUAAUCAAGCAGUAUUUAAAAGGAGAGGAAUUGAUUUUGUACUUCAACAGAUUAAAUCACCUUCUUUUUGAAACAAAAAUAUGUUGAAUAUAAG